AAAGAAAUUGUGAUUUUUGUUCAAAUUAUCACUUCGAUCUUGCGAAUUAAUUUCGUCCAUUAGAAAUCGAUACGCAUCGAGGGACGACCAUUAUGGAUACAGUGGCGAGCUUGCGGACCACGCGACUUUACGGUCUGUCGAAUUCAUGGUCCGACGUCACACUGACAAUUUUGAAAAUCAGCUGAUCCACUAUGUGACGAGUUUCUUUCCCGAGUGGAAAGAAAACGAAAGCGUAAGCCGCCUGGAAGAGUAACCGUGAAAACAGUGACUGCUCGCCUCUUUGACUGCUCGGACUUUAAAGAGCCAGGUUAGGAUCGUCCAUUUGUCAACAGCUGAUCGAGACGCUCCAACACCUGUCUGCAUUGACAUGCUCGUUCAGACUCUGAUCGCAUCCAACCGAGCUGUCGUAUGAUACAUCCCGCGUAAAUCGUAUUACCAUGGACUCGUUGAAGGACGAGGCGCAGACGGAGGCAGCGUUGAUCGAGAGUCUGUCCGGCGAGCAAAACUCGAGAUGCGAGUCGCCGAAGCGCGGCACCACGCUCUCCACCAGCACCAGCAGCUUCGAGGCGCUCGACCCGCACGACCCAAACCUGAGUCGCCUGGCGAACACCAUGUUCCAGAAGACGGGCGAGUACCUGCAGGAGGAGCUGACCGCUACCCACGCCGACUACCGGCUGCUGGAGCGCCUCAACAAGGAGACCAUCGCCAAGUACACGGAGCUAAAGAUCAUCUCGUCGAACGUGGUGCAGUCACUGGACUCGCUCAAUGACAAGUACCAGAAGCUACAGCCGAUCCUUGACAACAUCAAUCAGAUCGACGACAGCGUCAGCAAACUGGAGCAAGCGGCGUACAAGCUAGCGGCGUACUCCAAGCGACUCGAAGCCAAGUUUAAGGAUCUCGAGAAGGACACGAAGGGCAAAUGAAGCUGUAAUUAAAUGAAUGUACCAAUCAUUGUAUCCCUAUGUAUCUACAUAUGAUAGGACGACAAUAUCUCGGGCAAAAAUUAUUGCGAAUAUAUGAAUAAUUGUAUAAAACAAAUAUUUCAGAGAGCUAGCAAUGGUCAAGAAUGCAAAUCUUUUGUACAUUAUAUUUAUUAGUGUACACGAGAGACCUCUUGAACACGCUUACAAAACUUCUAGAAAAUUGUAGCUUGCCAUUCCUUUGCAUAUCAUACACAAUAUCUGAAUAUUUUAUAAUUAACUUAUUGAUUAAAAAGUUAUGUAUCUUAUCAAGUGCUCUAUCCAAGACUAACCUUUCUUCUUCCGCAAUGUAUCGACAAGCCUCACAAUGUGCCUGAGUAAGGAUGAUACGAGUGUAAAUAAGAACACAGUAAUAUGUAAACCAGGAAUACGAAUAAUUACAACUAUAUUUAACAAAAA